AUGUCUAGCUGGGACACCCAAUAUACGAUUCUACCCAUUGUCGUUGCGCUGGGGGUAACCUUGGGACUGUCUUCCUACUUCCGAAAGUGCGCUCAGCGUCCUGACACCAUACCGACCAUCCCAACAUGGUUCCCGUGGCUAGGCAUAGACAACGCCCUGCGCUUUAACAAAAACCCUACCCUCUUCAUGGAAGAGAUGCGUGAACGCCACGGGCCAUUGUAUAAAUUCACCCUAUUUGGGACGAACAUGGUCGUCUUGAUGCAUCCGUACACCCUACGCCAACUGGAACGACAAUCGAAGGAGCUGUCCCACCAUCUUCCCACUGUCAUGGCCGCCCAGGCGGCCUCAGGCCUUGCUGAGGUCGAUCGCAUUGUCGACGUCAUGUUCAACGAACUCACUCCAAUCACGGUCAAAGGCUUUUCCCUCCAGGGGAUGAAGACUUCGGGUCUCAGAGAGCAAUUCCACAAAGCUCUUGAGAACGAACUGAACGCCAUCACCGAGCCUCGGACCAUGUUGCUUUCCGACUUUGUUCGGCGCACCCUCUAUCGUGCAAGCUGCAUGGUCAUGUUUGGUCCAACGUUCCCUAUCGACACCUAUGACCGCUUCAAAGAAACCAUUCCGCAGCUCUCGUACCUCUCAUCGCGUUGGUCUCGCCUACCCUGGUCAAAAGCGGGUAGAAACCGCCUGGUGAUCCUCAACUCCAUUAUUGACUACAUCCGCCCAUGGUGGGACUCAGAUGGAGAGGAAAACAAGGAGCAGAUCGGCGAAAUCAUGCUCGCAGGACUCGUCGCAAUGAAAGGGUCAGGGCUAUCCAUAUACGAGGCCGCUUCCGGGAUCAUGACUUUCCUAUGGGGAGGGAAUGCCAACAUUUGGUUCCAUCUCUACUGGAUGCUCGCGCAGAUCCUGCUUGAUGGCGAGGUGUAUGACGAAGUAGUGCGGGAGGUGAGGUGCAGUUCAGGUGUGACGGAGAUGCCCCUUCUGGACUCUGUGAUGUGGGAGGCCCUGAGAUGGCCAUACACCCUGCAGCAGCUUCGUCAUGCCAACACAGACCUGAACGUGAACUUGGACGGAACUCGCUAUUUCAUUCCCAAAGAUUCCUGGGUGAUCCCCAAAGUGCUCAACCACGACUCGAGAGUGUACGAGCAGCCAUUCGAAUUCAAACCUCGACGUUUCCUCGACAAUCCCUCACUGCCAAAGCCCAAGAGCUUCGGAGAUGGGUCGCAUAUGUGUAAGGGGAUGAACUUCGCCUUAUAUCAGAUGCCCGACUUUGUCGCCACAUCGCUUCGACGGUUUGAUAUCAAGCUGGUGAAGCGAAGCGGGAAAGAGAGGAAGAUCCAACAGAGCGAAAGCAACUCUUUCCUACCAGACAUCAGCAAAUUUGAAGAGUUCACAAUCGAGGUGAUUCCAAGGUCACAUCCCAAUCAACCUACACCCUGA